AGUGGUUGAACGGUUUUCCUCGUAGAUCGCGUGUAGACCAGUUGAACGGUUUUCAGAUCAAUCCAAUUUAUUGCUAAGCCAUUAGGUCUUCUCUAAGGUGUGGGGGCGUUUCGGUUAGCGUGACCUUGGUGCCGAAGAAAAUGUUUGUUUUGCCAACGGAAGAGUACUUCUUCGUUUUCGCCUUCUUGUACCAUUGAUUUGGGUGAUGGUGGUUAUGGCACAGACAAUGGCAACGGCCAAACAAACGCGCUGAAGAUGCACCAGACCGGAAACGAAGGGCAAUGUUUAAAUAGAGUGUGCUGUUUUUUCAAGUUCCCAUGAGAAUACACGUGUCGGUCGUGUGAAAAUGUUUGCUAAAAGUUUCAAAGAAUUCUAAAUGAACGAAAUUCUGAAAGUGAUGGUGCGUUGUGACCAGAGGAAAUCGAAAACUAUUUCGACACUACGCAACAAUUGAUUCGACGAUUGUGCAAAGGUUAAUUAGUGACGGAUUGGUGCUCAUCAGAAAAUAUCUCUUCCGCAAAUUUCAAACGGUUUUCCCCCGGAUAACGAACAAAACAAAAAAAAAGUAUCUGAAGCUUAAUGAAACAACCCUGAAAAUCCGCUAAAAAAUGUUGAUUGGUCAUUUCGAUUGGCGAUAGAUCGCCAAGCUUAGUGGCUUCGGAUGACGACGCGCAAUUUUCCACCCGCACGUUCAAUACAAUCGCCACAGCUUCAACAACAAGCAUCAUAACGACGACCACAACAUAUAUGUUUCGUAAACAUAGCACCAGUGCGGACCAGAACAAAACAAAAAACGGAAUAGAACACAGAUCACUGAUCCAUUCAUUCGCCACAGCCAACCGAACCUGCGGACCUGGAAAAAGUGAAAAGUGUGGUGUGUGUGCCGCCCGGCGAAGCGAAGCACGAGCUCAGACUCAUCAGCAGCUACGCUAUAGACGAUCAACGAGAGUGAUCGGCGGUCAGUCAGCAUGUCGAACCCAAUCAGUUCCAAUAUUUUAUCAACUGGAAAUCGCCAUUAGUGUCGAAGUCAUGAUCGCAACUGGAUCAUUAGUUUUCAUAUUCCAGCUUUUUGCUACGUGGUGUACAGCACAGGCCCAAAUUCAGGAUGUCACCAUCGUGCUCAGUCAGGGGACGAUCGUGGGGCUCAAAGUGUUCCCAGAAACGUCACGGAUACCGGUCUUCACCUAUCUUGGUAUUCCGUAUGCAAAACCACCCGUGGACGACCUUAGAUUCUCGCCCCCAAUACCAAGUCCCGGAUGGAACCGAACACUGUACGCACGAGAUUUCAAACCUAUCUGUCCACAAUUGGAGAACAACAGCUACGACGAUGUGGACUCUCAAGGCCACUACAAGUUUCGUGAAACCAGCGAGGAUUGUCUCUACUUGAACAUCUGGAUGCCGGAGACGGCCAUCCGUUACGGAGGUUUCCCGGUGCUAGUCAUGGUCACCGGUGAAGAGAUGGCCUUCGAUUGGACAGUCAAUCGGGCUACCGGUCUGGAUCUCGCCUCCGAUGGGAUCAUCGUAGUAACGGUUCAGUAUCGAACUAAUGUGUUCGGAUGGCUAUCUCUUGGGCAGAAGUACGCCCCGGGGAAUCUUGGACUUCUCGAUCAGCAAUUGGCUCUGGUUUGGAUUAAGGAUAACAUUCAGAAAUUCGGGGGCGACACCAACAGAAUCACUUUGCUGGGUCACGGAACCACUGGAGGCCCAAAUGUAAUGACCCACAUAGUUAGCCCCAUGGCUCGAGGUCUAUUUUCCAAGGCGAUCAUUAUGUCGGGAACCGUGUUUUCACCUUACUGCCGCGUGAACACAGAUCGCAGAUUAUCAGACGAAGUUGUUAAGAUCAUGGCCUGUAACUACGACAUCGGUCGUAACGUUCUCAAGUGUUUGCAACAAAAAAGCGUCCACGACUUACUUAAGGCUUACGAGUACGUCUACCGCAGCGGAAACUACACAAUCAAUCUAGGGCCGAUCGUGGAUGACUAUCUACCGGCGAUGGAACGGUAUGUCAUGGACGACCCGCGGGCCCUAUUCUCAUCGAAAUCAUUUAUCAUAGAAGAUAUGCCGAUCAUGUUCGGCAUUACCAGUAACGAAGGUGGCUUCAUGCUGAAUAGAUGGCUGGACUUUGCCAAACAGGGUCUGGAUUAUCUGCGGAAAUACGUCAACGAGACGAUGGUGCCGAACAUUUUGGAGCAGUACAACUUCGAUGGAGUAGGACGGGAUCAGAUACGCGAAACCAUUAAUUGGCGAUUCUUCGACCAAAUCCCUGAAACCACUGCGCACCUGCUCCAUUCCAUCAUCAAGCUCACUACGGAAACCAAGUUUGAAAUUCCAUUUUUCAAAACACUUGAGGUAUUCAGUAUGGCCGUAGACCAAGAUGUCCAGGAAGAUGCUUCGAAACCGGAAGAAUCUCUUAACCAACUAGCUCUUCGGGGUGGGGGAAACUUGUACGUCUACCUCUUCCAUCACUCCAAUUCGAUGGACAUGCGAGGCAAGAUCAACUACUUUGGUGGAGCAUCGCACUCCUCGGACUUACCAUUUCUGAUGGGACCAAGUUUGUUCCAGGAGAUCGGUCGCAAACGACUGUCUCAAUCUGAGGACAAACUAUGCAAGAAAAUUCGAGCGUUGUUCAGCGAAUUUAUCAAAGUUGGUGAUCCCACGCCCGGUCGAAAGAUCGACUCAUGGAAACCCUACACUGAGGGCCAGAAGUACAUAAAACUUAUCUCCACACGAGCGGAGAAUCUUUUCCAGAACGACAAACAUAGUAUGGACGCCAGCUUUGAGGACAACAUUCAAACUAUUGAAAAUAAACUCCUGAACGUCAAUCAGGAUGAUGCCUCCCCUCAUGAGAACCCCUACCUCUUGGGGCGUGUUAACCUUGACGACCAGGAGAGCUCCCGCUCAUCCAAAAGCGCCGUCUUUGCAGAUAACACCAAAGAUUCCGAGUAUAUCCAUUAUCUUCGCCGCAUCGACAGCUUCUGGUACGGGUUUCUACCUAAGCUGUCCCAGAUUAUGAACGCCACCGAUCAGGAACGGCUGCGGAACCGACGAAUCGAUCUCAUACUGGAAGACGAGCAAGAGCUCUUUCGCGAGUCGUCGGAGGCCUCCCGCUACAAGCAUGCCUUUUUCUCUAUGCUAACGCUGGUCUGUAUGUUGCUGGCCGUCCUAUGCUUGUGCGUCUACAUGUUAAAGAAAAAUACGAACAAAAACUUCACCAAUAUCUUAUGACACAAG